GUGAGGUGGUGAGCUCCCCGACCGGGGAGGUGCGGAAAGAGCGAGCCAGUCACCGGGGCUUCCGAGCACCAGGAAGUGAGCAUCUUGGCUCCAGGCUCUGCCUGCAGCAACCCGGUGUCUGAGGCCCCUGUGUGGGUAGGGGCGAGGCCGCCACUGGAGGGCUGCAGGGCAGCGUCUCCAGGAUACCUUGCUGGGGGCUACGUCCAGGUUCGCUGUUUGCAGACACCCCGGCAGGGGCACCCAGCCCAGCAGGGCCAAGGGUCAGCGGGGGCGGUCCCCCCUGCUGGUUGGGACUUGCCCGGCCCUGAGUGGGGAGACGGGCCCGGCCGGGCAGCGCUCCCAGCACGGCGCCGGAGAGGGGUUCGGCAGGGUGAGGCUUUCCGCCCAGCGAGGAGGGGCCGGGGAGACGGCUCCUCCUGGAGCCAGACUCGCUCCCGCCGCAGAGCCAGGGCGGUCGGGAGCCUGAAGGUGCCUUGGGCCCAAGAGGCGGAGUCAGCGUGACAGGAGGGAGGCCCCCGGCUGGGUGGUGACCAGGCCCCGCCUCCCCGCCCAAGGCUGCGGCGGCGGUGACAUUCCUAAUUGUCGGUGACUGACUCAGCCUCGCUUCAAAGGUCUGGGUCAGGCCCGCAGCCCCCGUCACUCUGGAAUUCUGCUUCUCGGGGGAGCCGGCCCGCCCGAAGAGUGCUCCUCGCCCGGCCGGUGCCUCCCCCCGUCCCGUCCACACCCGCCCCGGCCAUGGCCGUGCAGGUGCCCCUGUGGCAGCACUACCUGCAGGCCAUCCGCUCGCGGGGGGCACGGCGGGCGCAGGACUUCCAGCGCGCGGAGAACGUGCUGCUCACGGUGCUGGAGCACGUGCACCACCUGGACCCCCGCUUCCUCGUGGACUACUCCCGUGACCUGGAGGCCUUCCAGUUUGCCCUGCGCACCUCGGAGGAGCCCCUGCACGUGGCGGUGCCCCUGCGGGUGGAGGCGGACGCCCUGCUGAUUGAGGAGGCGGGGGCCGCCGAGGCGGGCGACGGCCCUGCGCCCUGCCGCCUGGGUGUCUCCAGGGAAGGGGCCCGCCCGGAACGGCGGAUGGCCGAUGACGUCCUCAGCGUCUCCUCCGAGGGCGGCGCCGGGUGCCGCGGCCACAUCGCGCCCAGCAAGGUCCUGCGCGUCCUCAAGGACCUUCUGGUGGCGGCCGUGGUGCACUGCAGACACCAGGGCCUCGUCACGCCAGGUUCUCUGAACGCGGACAGCCUGGAGGAGAAGGAGUCCCACCUGUCCCUGCUCGUGUCUAGCGGCUGGCGAACCAUCCGGUUCAACAUCGUGCCCACGGUGCGGAGAAAGCUCGGGGUGCCCGUCCUGGAGAGGGCUCAGUGGAUGUGCGGGUUCCCCGAAGGGAGCUUGAAAAGGAUCAUCAGCCAAGAAGCGGCCCUGGUGCCAGCCAGUGCCCAGCACUGGAGGGUCUCCACUGACUACCUGCUCACCAGGCUGCUCGGUGCGCUGGGCUCCCUCCCGGGCCACCGUCUGGACGGCCUCUCCAUCCUGGACCGGGUCAACCACGAGAGCUGGCGCGACGGCGGCCAGAGCCCCGGCCUGACCUUCGGUCACCUGAAGACGGUGCUGCUGUGGGCGUCCACGCUCUUCCCGGCGCCCGAGGACUGGGCGGAGCUGCAGGGCGCCGUGUACCGGCUGCUGGUGGUGCUGCUCUGCUGCCUGGCCACCGGGAACCUGCCACACUUCGUCUACCCCAAGCGGAACCUGCUGAGCGACGCCGGCCUGGACCUCAACGCCCUGUACCAGCGCGUGGAGCGCUUCGCCAGCCAACCCGAGGCGUCCCUGCGCAUCCACGUGACCCACCUGGGCCGCGGCCCCCCACCGCGCAUCGGCAACGGGGUCAAGGCCCUCCUGCAGCUGCCUGCCAGCGACCCCGCCUACUGGGCCACCGCCUACUUUGAUGUCCUGCUGGACAAGGGCCCCAGGGUAGCGUGUCCGAAUGUGCCUCCAUCGCCCGCCAGAACCACCCCCAAACCCACGUCCGUUCCAGGUCUUCAACAUCCAAGAUGAGGACCGGAUCUCGGCCAUGCAGAGCAUCUUCCGGAAGACCAAGACCCUGGACGGCAAGGAGUGCUGAGUGGCCUUGCCUUUGCUCGGUCUUCACCACCCACAGCCGGGCUGCACGGCCCCGCAGAGGACCCGGGACACUUGGGGAAGGGAAUGGGCUUCACCCCGAGGCAGGUGAUGGGCGGUAGAGACGUCCACCUCAGACUGCCCGGGGGAUGGCCUCCCGGGACUCUGGGAGCACCGGGCAGCAGGUCCCCCCGAGCAGCUGCCUGGUCUCCCCAGGGCCUGGGACGAAGGCGCCUUGUAUUUCACAAGACGCGUGUGGGUCUAUGUGAUGUCAUCAGACUCUCAGAGCCAAGCGUCUGCCUGAGACCUGGAGCUCGAGGGCUUGUCCCGACCUGAGUCCCAUGCUCCUCCAUGGUGAUGUAAUACUAUAUAUCUGAUCUUGAAUAAAUUAACGCGCCGGGUAGGCUCGGUGGGGACGGCA